CUGUAGACUUGGCUAUACGGAGGAACAAAAGUGGGGAAUGUGAGUUGUGCGCUGUGUAUAAAACACACGGAAAAGUUGUAAUAAAAAUUAUUACUAUUUAAUUAAAAAAAAUAAUUUACUUUAAUUAUAUUAUAUGUUUGAUUAAAUAAUCGCAUUGCAUACGAAUUCAUUUAUAACUGUAAAGUGAACAAAAAAGUAGAAGUGAUGGCGAAAAUAUUGGUAUAGUAUGCCACUGAACAAUAUCAAUAUAAUGCCAUAUAAAUUUCUUAAAUUGUACACUGAAAAAUGGAAACAAUAUCCAAGAUCUCCUUGAUAUUGGUUCUAUUCGUAACUGUUGAUUGUUUUUUGUAUGUAUGUGCAGUUACGGCUCCACAAUAUGUUUACACUACGACACCAAAUAUAAAUAUAAAACAGCAGCUUAGCAACACCGCCACAAUUAGCUCCCUUACAACAUCAUGUGAGUCUUCAAUCACAACUGAAGAACCUCAUACCCAUCAUCAUCAUGUUGAGCCGAAGAAUGAUUAUGGCAUAUCAUUGCUUGGACUUAAAUUUCAUAUACCAUUCGUGGGUGGUUCGUCGUCAGUAACAACCACUUCAAGUGCUAGUGCCGAAGAUGACAAAAUCAAGGAACCGUCAAAUAGUUUUAAAUUGCGUUGUGAUAAUGCCAGCAUCGCAGAUAUUAAUGAAGAAUUAUUAUCGAAGAAAUAUAUAAACUAUGCGCAUAUUGAGCUUUAUCAUUGCGUUGUCAAAUCUCCAACUCAAUUGCAAUUGCAGCAGUACGAAAGCAUUAAGUAUUUAACUUGGCUACAAAGUAAUAUAGAUGAUAGGCAACUUAUGCAGCUAUUCAGCAAUUAUGAGCAUAAUUUCGAAUAUCUGGAAUCUCUCGAUUUAACAACCAACCAAAUUGGAUGCAUACAAUGGGCUAAGUCUCAAGUUGUACGUCGCCUUAAAGUACUUAAGCUGACAGACAAUGCUCUCAAUUCGCAACAAUGUGCAUUCUUGGAAACUCAGCAUAUGAAUCACUUGGUUGAAUUGCGAUUAGACCAAAAUCGUAUAUUUGAAUUAAAGAACAAUUUAUUAAGUCACUUAAGUGAACUUAAAGUUCUUAAUCUAACACAUAAUUUAUUACGCGAUUUACCACGCAACGUGUUUGAUGGAGCACUAAAGUUACAAUACCUCUAUUUGGCACAUAAUGGCCUAACAAUAUUGCCUUUCCAACUGUUUCAAAGCAUGCGAGAUCUACAAACACUUGAUUUGUCAAAUAAUCGUUUACUGUCAUUUCCGGAUAAUUUCUUUGCCUUGAAUAUGAAUAUACAAGAAUUGUUCUUGCAAAGAAAUGCACUUCAAAAUAUUGGCAAGAACACCUUUCACAAUUUGCGAAAACUGCGUCAUUUGGAUUUAUCACAUAACGAAAUUGCAACUAUCGAUCGUAAAGCGUUUGAAUCGUUUGGGAAUCUUCUGACACUGAAUAUAUCGGCUAAUAGUAUUACAAUUUGCUCUUCGAUACUAUUCCAGCCUCUCACCAAUUUGAAACAUUUAGACAUUAGUCAAAAUCUGUUUACACAACUGCCUGGUGGCAUUUUUAUGGCGCAGCGUUCUUUAAUUGUACUACGUAUUGAUAGCACAUCAAUUCAAAAAUUCGGCAAUUGGAUAUCUCGCAAUGAUGAACAUGUCGACCCACAAGUAUUACAGAAUCUUCAAUUUUUAUCUAUACAAAAUAAUAAAAACUUAGAACGCCUUACCAAGACAAUGUUUUUGAAUAUUCCGAAUUUGCGUGAGUUACUCUUGGCUGGUAAUUCACUACAUCUACUUCCAACAGAAAUUAGUCAUCUGUCACAGUUACAACGUCUUAAUAUAAGGGACAAUAAUUUAACCUUCAUACCCGAUGGUGUCAAGGACUUGAAACACUUGCAAUAUAUAAAUAUAUUAAAUAAUGAUUACAUAUGUGAUUGUCGUAUGUAUUGGUUAAGUUCAUGGUUGAUCAAUACGAAUUCCUCAUUGCGCCAGUGGCGUAAUGAGAACUUCGCAUCAAGUGAAGUGUAUGUUACACCUGAUUCUAGUGAAGAUAUAGAGGAACUGAUUUCAUCAUUGAAGUGUCAUCAUGGCUACCCAGGUGAUAUGUUGUCUAUAUUGCAAAGUCUAAACUGCACCAAGCCAACCAUUAUCCCACCCAAAUCUAAAAUGCAUCUUUUACAUUCAACUGCUACUUUAGAAUGCGCCUUUUCAGGCAGUCCAUCGCCUGAUGUUAUAUGGGUUACUCCUACUAAUAAAAUUUUACGUCAUCAUGCUGAUCCGGAUAAACGUCCGAUUAUUAUAAACCAUAACGAUAAGGAAUUAGGAAAAUUCCGCUUAACAUCUCUUACGGAUGAUAGUAUACUGAAUAUUAGCUUGCAACGCAAUGAUAUCGAAAAUCGCGUGGCCCUUGUUGAGAAUGGUUCACUGUUAGUUCACAAUAUAUCGCGCUCUGACAGUGGCUUGUAUACUUGUUAUGUGUACAAUGUUAUGGGUAAUGCGUCAGCAUUUAUAAGACUGGAUAUCGAUCCCAUUGUUUUCUAUCGUGUCAAAAUUGAAAGUCUAAUAUCUGGGGCUGCUGCAGCUACUGCUUUCCUAUUGCUAACGCUAAUAGUGCAAGGCUUACGUGCACUAUUUACUAAGUUUGGCAUAUGUGAAAAGUUUUACUGCUGCGCACGUAAUAAGAAGUCGCCGCGAGCUCGUCAGAUAUAUGCAAUGCUUGAUAGCAUCGAAAGCUAUAAGAGUCAGCAAUUGGAACGAUUGCGAGAAAAUUAUGCACAGCAGGUGCAUCGAAUUCGUGAAAAUUGUGCUCAGCAAGUUGAAUGGAUACAAAACAGUUAUACAACACAAGCUAAGCAUUUGAAAGAGUUUCGUGAUAUGGGCUCGAGUCAUUUAACGUCGCUUAAGGAUCAAUAUUACGAUCAGGUAAAAAAGGUUCGUGAUUAUUCCACUGGGCAAUUAAAUUGGGUGCGUGAAAAUUACGUCUUCCAAAGAAACAAAAUUCGUAAAUUUAGCGCACAUCAAGUACUCCGACUUCGUGAGGGAUAUAAAUACCAACAACAGACUUUGAAUAAAGUAUUAGAAAAUUUGCCCAGCUUUUAUUUCGAAAACUGUCGCGGUCGAUGUGAGGAGGACAUUGUUGAAGAUAUUGAUUUUUAUUUUAAAACUCAGUUAGGAGACCAAUUUAAUCCCAAAGAUGCAAAUCUACAGAAAUUGAAAGGAAAAUUAAUGGCCAAUAAUUCGGCUAGUAAAGCUUCAAUUUAUUACACACCACCGGAAGAUGAUCUACGACGAUCCCAUUUAAAUUUACAAACCUCUCCAAUUCAUAUUAAUUAUAUUAAUGAGAAUUUAGAUCAUAAAAAAUUUGAACUAAAUGAUUUCAAGUUAAACACUGAAUUGCUAUUAAAUAUGCCACAUAGAAUUGAUUCGGCAUCAAGCAACACGCAACUAUCAAAGGCUGAUAUCACCCUUAGUCAAUUGAAAAUUUUAGAAAAACAUCCAGCAGGUACUGGCAGCAUUGAAGAUAAUCACGCAGCUGCAUUAGUAGAUAAAAUAAUAAACGUUAAACGUAAAGAGUUAACAAAAAUUAAAGGCUUGCCUGGAGAGAUUACUAUUAAUAAUAGCCAAGAAAUAAAUGAGAGUAGCAUUGAAAUGAAUGAAUUACAUGAAAGUAAAGAUACAAAUGAUAUUAAAAAUUCCAAAUCAUGUCCUGCCAUUUAUAAAGUAUCCCGUCAGCAAGAUGGCUCAACACUACAUGAAUUAUUAACAGAUGAUUUAAAAAAUGGUAAUUCGAAUACCACACGUUUAAAUUUGGUUAAUGAUCCACAUAUAUUAGAAACCGAAUUAUUUAAUAUGGAAACAAAUACAAAUUGUAAUACCAAUGCAUCUGACUCGUCUAAAGCUCAGCAUAAACCAGUUUGCAAGGAAAAGCUUAAUAUUAUACUUGAUGAGAGCGGCAAGUCAACACUUUAUAACAUCGCCGAGGUAAACGCUAAUUCAACUGGCGCAAAGAAGAAGGACAAAAGGUAUGCCUCGUCUUCGACGGUAGCAUCAGCAGCAUCAUUACAAAGUAGCAUUAGUGUACCAGAAAUAACGCCUAAGAAUAACAUUGAAUCUAAACAAAAAUAUGCGUCAAAUACUGCAACGUCUCCAACGGAAAGUAUAAGUGAUAACAACAGCCGCAACUCUGGCAACAUUAUCUGCGAUAAUAAGGAGAGUAGUAUAGAAAUAACAAAUAUAUCUUAGAGAUAUUUUAACCAAUUUAAUAUUUAAAUUAUAUUUAUUGUAUAACAAAAUUACAGCAAAACAAAAACUUCUAAAUUAACAAAAAAACGAGUGCAAGUAAUUGAGGCCAUAUACCUACAUAAUUUCCAUCAUUUCAAUCGUUUUCUUAAAAAACAUAAGAGAAAUUUUAAAUAAUAAUUAUAAUUAAUCAGAAAAGCUAUUCUAUGUUUGAAAAGUUCGUAGAUAUUCGGGUUUUAUAAUUAAUUUAAGCUCAAUUGUAAUUUUAUGUGGUGGCACUCAAAUCAUCUGUUUUAAACGUUCUGAAAGCUAAAAUAAUUAAAUAGAUUUAUGAAUCACUGUUAACAAUGAAACCUUCGCGAGAGAUAUAAGAAUUUGACUUAAAAAAAAAAUUAAGCAUAAGAAUUGUUUAAAUAAUUAACGAAACUUUUAAAAGACUCAUAAUUAAACAAACAUACAUAUUCAUACAAUACAUAAUUAAUUAUAUCAUAUAUAUUAACACUUACAGUUCUUAAAAAUUCUAUCCUAUUUUGUGACUAUUUAAUUAAUUUCAUUUUUUUAGUUUUAAA